GCGCUGGGGGAGAGAGAGAGCGCUGGGGGAGAGAGGGAGAGAGCGCUGGUUUGACACAAGGUGUGUAAAAGUGGAAGUUUCUGCCUGAAGGAAGGCACUGAAGCCCUGAGGAGUGGAGGCCAAUUACAGGCGUAUUUUCUGCCCUGACUGAGAGCGGUUUAACUCAACAUAGACCUGUGAUUGAGCCCCGAGUCUCGGUGUUGCACCGAGAGCCACGGUUCAGAAGAUGGCGUCCCGCGGUGGGGAGGAAGCAUUUGUGAGGAGUUUGGCCAGAUUACUGCGGGAUCAAGGUGACGGGGUCCUGGGGGGUGUCAGCACACUCUCGCUGCUGACGCUGGGGCUGCAGUUGCUCCAGCAGUUGUUUGAGCGCCACCUGUUGGCCCGUCAGGACCAGCGCGGCUUCGUGGCUCUGGCUUCACACCCCGCGGACACCGCCGCUGUGCUCCAGCUCCAGUUCCUGUUCGACAUCCUCCAGAAAACCGUCUCCCUCAAGUUGGUCCAUCCACCCGGCCCCACACUGCAGACACCUGUCCACAUCUUCGCCUUCAAAUCCCUAAAGUACUUACAGCUGAAGAGGAUCCCCCCGCACUGUCUGGAGGGGCUGCGAGGGGUUUACACACAGCUCGAGAUCCUCGUCUGCACCAACUGCAUCAACACCAUCGAGGAGAUUAUCUCAGUGUGCGGGGGGGACCUGAGCUCCGCGCUGCCCUGGCUCGACCUCCACACCCUCAACUUCAGCCACAACCACAUCGCUGGCCUCGACAGCUCUCUGGCAUUGCUCAGUGUAUUGAGGACCCUGGACCUAAGCCACAAUCACUUGCAGGACUGUGAGGAGCAUCUGAAGCCACUGUCUGAGCUAGAGUACGUGAAUCUGAGCUAUAAUUUGCUUCAGAAAGUUCCGGGCUUCAGUUCCUCGGCCCGGGUUCAGCUCGUCACCCUGCUGCUGCGCAACAACCAGUUGGACAACAUCAACGGUGUGGAGCACUUGGGUCACCUGCAGCACCUGGACCUGGCCUAUAACCUGAUCUCAGAGCACGCUCAGCUGGCCCCACUCUCCCAGCUACACAGGCUGAAGGAGCUGUAUCUUGCUGGGAACCCGGUGUUUUACCAGCGAGACCACAGGCCCAGCACCGUCCACCACCUCUCCCCCAAAGCUGCCUUCAUGCGGCUGGUGUUGGACACUGAGCCCCUGACCCUAGUGGAGCUAACGUAUCUGCCCAGGUCGGGCCAGCUGAUUGGACAGACCCUCCAUCACUCCUCCUGUGGCUCCUCACUCAAGAAUGUUCUGGAAGCUCCACCUUCGGAUGGACGUUGGUCUCCGGACAUCAGCAGCGGGAAGCUCAGCCGCAAAAAGAGUAAGAUCAAAGUGCGGAGUGCAAGCAUCUCUGACCCGAGUGACAGUGAGGUGGAACUGAGACAUCAGCCUAUCUCCUCAAGCCUCGUGCUCCCACACCAGGAGGAGAUUGAGCGUCUGGAUGCGCUGCGUGGGCAGGUGGGGGACGACUGGCUGAGGUACCAGCACCACCUGAAGGCCCCCGAGGAGGGAUCAGAGUUGACAGGCGGGUCCGCCCGCGAGGAAGGGGGUGAGAGCUCCACCAGCAUCUUUCUGGGCAGCGCCAGCUUGGAAGUGGGCUGCGAGAGCGAAGGGGGGCUUGGGGAGGACACACUCACCUCCCCCACAGACACAGUGAUGGAGCCAAGGGAGGAGGCAGACACCAGCACCAGUUACCUGCCCACCUCAGCCUCGCCCUCGACCAGCCACGACCACUUGCCCAGCGACAACCAGCAGGCACAGGAGGAGGAGACCAUCAGAGAUGUGUGCCAGCCCUUUAUCGUGAGCCGGGCGCUGGAGGAGGGGGAGAGUGAGGGGCCGUGGCUGUUUCUCAGGGUGACUGAAGAGGAGCUGCUGGAGGUGGAGCUGAUGACAGCGGACGUGCUGGAGAGGCUGGAGCUCAGCAGCCUGACCGCGGUCAGAGCUUCACACCAGCUCUGCCAGAGUGGUGAUGGGCAGCUCCCCGCUGUGGAUUGUCACUUCAGCUACAUCCGCAAAGACAAACGCAGGAGGAAAUAUGUCAUCAUGGACAAGAGUCCCGAGGAGGCUGCACAGCAGUUGCUGGAGCUGCUGAGCGCGGCACUGGCCAGGAAUCUGCGUGUGGAGCAGGUGGAGCCGCCCCAGCAGCAAUGCCUCAAGUGUCGGCACGAGUUCCAGCCCCUGGCAGAGCCCCAGCCCUCCACCCAGCCCGGCAGUGGCGACCACAUUAGCUUCCUGGCCGCGGUGCCGCAGGGCGGGGCCGCCUGCCCCAGGUGUGGGAGUGACCACGUGGUUGUGCUGCCGGCCCGGAGCCCAGUGGGGGAGAGACGCACCAGCACCCCCCUACCCCCCGACCAGCAACCCCCCUUCCUGGACAGUGACACCCCCAGGAGCAGCAAGAGUGACGUGGACCCGGGGGCCUCGGUGGCCGGAGUGGCAGCAGCAACACUGGAGGAGGGGGGGUCGCAUUCCCUGACCCCCGACCCCGACAACUCCUCGUCCUUUGUGACGGCCAAAAGUGGCAGCUUCUAUCUGGAGGGGGAGCCGAGCGGGGGCGAGGGCAGCGACCGGGAGAUGGACAUGUCCUCAGCGGAGGGGGAGACACCGGAGCGCUCUCCCUCCGUCUCCCACUCUUGCCCCGGCCUCUCUCACAAGGGCAGCCUCAACUCCACCAGCGGCAGCCUGACCUGGAGCUAUCGCUACAGCAACUCCCUCACCCCCACCCCCGGCUCCCCCCUGUCCGAGUACGGGGAGAACCCAACUGGCCACGCCCGAGGAGGUGAAUUCAAUCUGAAUGUUGAGGAUUUUCAGACCAUUGACCACAGACUGAAGCUGUUCUUCGAUGUGGAGGUUUUCAAUGAAGAUAAAGAAGACUAUCAGUGCUUCAUUAAGGCCGGGGCUGUGAAGGCAGGCUGCCCGGGGGAGUUCUCCUCCCUCCUCGUCGUCUCCAACAUCAACAUCUACAUCCUGGAGGUCACUGGGCCCAUCAGGGGGCAGCCGAAUGCCUGGCUGCGGAGACGGGAAUCCCAUGCGUUGCUGGAGCUGGUGUGUGUGCAGGUUGGGUUACGCACACAGAGUAUUGGGCUGCAGUUUGAGGGUGUUGGGGGGGUGGCGGCCGCCUACACGCUCCUGAUCCGCAACCCGGCCAAGUGUCGGAGCUUCAUCCAGUUCUUCACAGAUGUGGUGAGGGAACUGACUCCGGGGACCGUCAGCAAACUCAGGUCCAUCUCUUUCACACGCAUGGACCCUCGACACCAGCUCUGGCCGCUGGUGUGCGAACGCUCCACCACAGAGGCGUUGGAGGGGAAGCGACCAAACUACCUGUACGUGCUGGCCUUCCUGCAGCAAGAUGGCCAGUCAGUCCCGGUCAGUGUUGUGGCCACACCGACCACGCUGCACCUGCUGGAGGAGAACCACGAGUGGCGGCCGUCAGAGACGGGGGAGGGGGGCAGUCCGGGAUCCCCACAGCUCCCCCUGAUAGACACCCAGCCCAUCUGUAACAUCAGCUCCAUCUGCCUGUACCAGUCAUCACCCCAACACCUACUGCUCCGGGUCUAUCACGAGGUGACCCGGACGGAGAGUGUGUGGGGGUUACACACGGAGUGUGUGGAGCUGGUGAGGGAGCUGGUGGAGUGGCUUCGCGCUCCCUGGGAGGAGAUGUUUGGAGUGCCACUGAGAGUCACUGUGCAGUCCGAUCUGGACUGGCCGGAGGCCUGAGCGAGUGACGGCCACCACAGAGCAACAUAAGGCAGUUUGUCCCGGGAACAGCCCACGGCCGAUGGUGUGAGCCGCUGACCGCCAGGACGUGACCGUCUCGGCCCUGUCCUGCCCGGCAAGGCUCGGGGGGGAGGAGCGGCUACUGAUGGUGAAUGUUUUUGGCCGUUUACUGUAACAGAACAAUUGUGGGUUUCCUGUUCAGAGGGUGGGAAGUGUGCUUGGCA